AUGGUCCGCCACAAAAAAGACAACUUCUCCCGCGGCGGCAAGAAACCUCACCGCGGCCCCCCCCGCCACUCCAACCGCCCCGAAUCCAACCCCAACAACGAUGACCCUACCCUCCCCUCCUCCUCCACCACCACCCGCUCCCGCCCGGCCUUCAAAGCCGCCUGCUGGGACCUAGGCCACUGCGACCCCAAACGCUGCUCCGGCAAGAAACUCAUGAAGCUCGGCCUCAUGCGCGACCUCCACCUCGGCCAGCGCCACGCCGGCGUCAUCAUCACCCCCAACGGCAAACAGACAGUCUCCCCCGCCGACCGCCCCAUCCUGGAAGCCAACGGCGCCGCCGUGGUCGAGUGCUCCUGGGCGCGCACCCAAGAGGUCCAAUGGAACAAAGUCGGCGGCAAACACGAGCGUCUCCUCCCCUACCUCGUCGCCGCCAACACAGUCAACUACGGGAAGCCCUGGAGGUUAAACUGCGUCGAGGCUCUCGCGGCCGCUUUUGCGAUUUGCGGACAUUUGGAAUGGGCCGAGGAGAUCCUCGCUCCUUUCUCGUAUGGCAAGGCGUUUUUGGAGAUCAAUGAGAAGUUGCUCAAGAAGUACGCUGCCUGUGAGGAUGAGGCGGGGGUCAAGAGGGCGCAGGAGGAGUGGAUGGAGAGGUUGGACAGGGAGUAUGCUGAGAAUAGGGAGGAGGCCGAGGGGGAUGAUAUCUGGGCGGGGGGCAAUGUCAACAGACGAGCCCCAAUAGACUCGGACGAUUCGGAUGAGGAAGAGGAGGACGACGAGGAUGAUGAUGAUGAUGAUGAUGAAGAGGAGGAAGAGGAUGAGGUUGAUGGGAUAUACCUUGGAAGCAAUCCGCCACCACAAAAAGGGAAACAAAAGCAAUCUCAACCAAUACCGGAGGAGGAAGAGAAGGACCCGUUUGCGAUAUCAGACGACAGCGAUGACGACGCCGAGAUGGAGGCUAUUCGGAGGAAGAUUCUGGCUUCGAAACCGUUCACCGAGAAGGAGGACACACUUGAGAAGAAACCAGAAGUGAUCUCUAGGCCAACACCACAUUCGCAAAACAUGAAGCCAGACUCAGAUGCAGAACCAGAUUCGGACAAUGGGUCGGAUAACGACGACUUUGACGACAUUAUCGAUGCCACACCCAUGACAGAUCGCAUUGGGUUGUCAAAACUGGAGAAGGAGCGUGCCAGGGUCCAGACAACAAGCCGGACAUUCUCGUCAGGAGGAGCAAAUGCUCCAAAUAGGUGGUAA